CUCAUCAGGACAGGAUCACUUCGCUGCUGGCAGAACAAUCGUUUUCAGAGACGUUCCCGCAGCAUUUUCAGUCAGAAGUUUACUCAUCCAUGGUGUGAGCAUGAAUCCAGUCCUGAACGCGCUGAUCAUCAUUGGUAUGAUAUACACCUUGGUAAAGUUCCUACAUUGGUAUUUCGGAAAGGCAAGGCGAAUUAUACAGUUGACCUCUGCCAUCCCGGCGCCUUCAAGGAAUUGGUUCUGGGGCUCCCUGCAUCAACAUCCAGGCAUUACGGAAAAAACGCUGACGUGGUACGUCGAUUUGUCCAAAAAGUACGGAGAUAUUUACAAGAUAUGGUUUGGACCUUUCAUCCCUCAGAUUCAUAUUGCGAGUCCGGAGCUAGCCAAAGUUAUUCUGAAGACGGCGGAGCCGAAGCCGCUGGAUAUUCCAGGUUACGGCGUGGUCCAGCCGUGGCUUGGCACUGGCCUCUUACUGAGUGAUGGUGACGUCUGGCACAGGAAUCGCCAUCUUCUGACCCCAGCCUUCCACUUCGAUAUGCUGAAGACGUACGCUGAUGUUUUUCGGCGCACUACAGAUAGCCUCAUUAAUGUCUUCGACUCGUUGGCGGAGAGAGGUGACAGUUUUGACAUCUUCAAACCAAUGGGGCUGCUCACCCUGGAUACUGUCCUUCAGUGUGUCUGCUCAUUCUACGAAGAUAUCCAGCAUCUUGGUGAGAACCACAUGAUUGUCAAACUGACCCAUGAUGCUUUGAGUUUGGCAAUUUAUAGAAGUCUUAAGCCUUAUCUCUGGUCUGAUAUUACUUUUUACAUUUCGCCUACAGGAAUGCGCUUCAGGACUGCCUGCCAAAAUUUCCAUGCAUUUACACGUGAUAUAAUUGAGAAGCGGAAACUAGAACUAAGUGAAAAUCCUGAUUUGAAACAAAAGCAAAGAGAUUUUCUUGACAUUCUUCUCGUUGCCAGGGACGAGGAUGGUAGAGGAUUAAAAGACGACGAAAUCGAGGCGGAAGUCAAUAAUUUCGUGUUCGCAGGCCAUGACACCACUUCCAGCACACUCUCGUGGGCAUUAUACGCUCUAACCGAACACCAAGACUUUCAAGAGGCGUGCAGGAGGGAAAUUCGCGAGAUACUAAAAGAUCGUGACUCGGACGAAAUCCAGUUUGAUGAUCUACCGAAACUUACAAACCUGACCAUGGGGAUAAAGGAAACCUUGCGCUACUUCGGGACGGUGCCUAUGAUAUCACGAAAACUCACCCGGGACAUUCAAGUCGGGGAUCACCUCCUCCCUAGCGGAGUGGACGUCAACAUCAUGCUGUUUUUAAUCCACAGACAUCCCAGCGUGUGGGAGAAGCCGGACGAAUUCAUCCCUGAGAGAUUCAGCGCCGACAACGCCGUCAAUCGUGACCCGUUCGCAUUCGUUCCAUUUUCGGCUGGGCCUAGGAAUUGCAUCGGACAGAACUUCGCCAUGAAUCUGAUGAAGGUGACCCUGGCUCGCAUUCUGAAUCGGUACAUCGUCACUUACGAUGCGACUCACCCGAUUGUGAAGGUGCCCGAAGCUACCAUUAGGACCGAGAGCGGUCUUUGGUUGAAGCUAGAAAGAAUUUAAUCUCCCUGACGGAAAGAUAGACUGUCAUGUUGAUCUUUAAUACAGAGUAAAUCGUUUCACAGAUGUAUCGACUUUAAAUCAUGCAAGUGUCGAGUCUUCGGCCUUUCUGAGAAUCUGAGGAAAGGCAGGGAACAUGUGUGGAAAAAGAGCGUGUUCGCGAAGAGUUGUACAUGUUCAUGCAUUGUGGCGAGAAAAACCAACUUAAAAUUUUUAAAAUUGUAGAACGGGAAGUUUACGAUAUAUCUACAUGAACUUUUGCAGUAUUGAGACUUCUGACACUUGAAUGAACACAAUAUUGCUAAUUUUGAUUUGUCUUAUUCAAUACAGCGUUAUUUAUAAAAAGAAUUAAGCAAGAAUAUUUUAUAUUCUGUCGGUAUAAAUAUUUGAGGAUAUACCAAUAAACAUGAAAAUUAUUGAUUCUCUCCCA